AUGGUAACCUAAAAAGAUUUCCAGAAGGUCACUUGACACAUUUUUUGUAGAAAUCUCCAAGACUCUUCACACUUCUAGCCAUUGUAACUUUCGUUGGCUCUGUGAAAACAACGUCACCGCCAAGUAUGUUUUUUUUAACACCAAGUUAUCAACAAAAAAAUUCAGUUUUUCGAAAUGCAAGCUGGGAAUGUGAAAUUCAUCAUUUAAUAGGAAGAUUAGCCGAAAGCGAAGUGAUUUUGCAUUGUCCCGUUUUACGAGAUCCAAUAAAUAGUUGCUGCAUGGCACAUAAAAAAUGUUAUAGAGAUAGAAAAGGUAAAACGUAUUGCGACGAUGUUUUGUGUGAUUGUUUAGAAACUCGGACUCGCUCAGAAUCAUAUUGUCACGAUGUAUCCGCGUCAGCUUAUUGUCUAGCCGCUCGACAUUUUGGAGACUCUGCCUAUGAACUUGCACAAUAA